CAACAGCGAGGUUCGACCACUUCUCCAGGAUGAGAGAAUGGCGUCUCUGCUGCCACCUGUAGGUAUGGAGGUUUUCAGAUGCUUCACAGCAGUCUCAAAGGAGGUGGUCCAACAACGACACGAAGCUGAGGUAAAGGAGCGAAAGGCGUGGAAGCACCAAAAGGCAAGUGAGAAAAACCUGACCAAACCUGCUCGUCACCUGGAGACUGGGAAGUCCCUCCCUUUCAUCUAUGGUGCCCCCCCCCCUCAGCUUCUCUGCACCCCAUUGGAGGAUCUGGAUCCCUUCUACCAAUCACAGAAGACCUUCAUGGUUCUCAGUAAAGGAAACAUCAUUAACAGGUUUAGUGCUGACUCGUCUUGUUACCUGCUGAGUCCAUUCAACCCGUUGAGGACCCUCGCCAUCAAGACCCUUCUUCAUCCAUAUCCUUUAUGA